CUCCUAAGCAGCACAGGCUGGCGGCUGCGCCCAAAUGCAAGCUGCUUUGUGGAGGGCCUGCUGCCGGUGUCCGGCACGAAGUCAUUAUUGGUCCAGCUCGGAACCGUGCAUGAGCUGUUCAACGAAGUCGAGCACUCCUCAUUCUCGAUCUCGUCCUUCCUCUUUGCGGAUUCGACACAGCUUAGGGCCACACUGUUGUUGUCCAUUUACGUUGCAAUCUACUUCUUCUCCGUUGUCAGCAUGUACUACCACAUGACGACAGUGCGACCGGUGGGCAAAGGGACUCCACUCCCAGGCUAUACCAAAAGGGAAACCUGUCCCGAAGACGAGAUUUUGCAGAGCCAUUCCUACUUGAGCUGGCUGUGCGUGACCUGGUUGAGCCCCAUGGUGGCUCGCCUAGGACAUUCUUGGAACAGUGCGAUGUCGAAGUGCAGCCCGGACGAGGUCCCUCCUGUGAACGGGCCGGAGUUCCAGGCAUUUCGCCAGUGCGAGAGAUUCGAGGCCCUCUGGGAAGAGGAGGUUCGCAAUCGUGGACAAGAGGAGGCAAGCAUACUGCGAGUGGUCUGCAAGCUCUGGGGGUACCAGCGGCUGUUCUGGUUCCACAUGUCGCUUUUCGUGCAUGUGGUCCUCGGCAAUCUGUACCAAGUGUUCCUGAUUCAGAUGUCCCUGAGCUACUUCUUCUGGCUGCAGGAAGAGGUGCAUCAGAAUAACGGCCAACUCCCGGACAUGACCAAGCCCAUCUUGGUAUCUAUUGCAGCCUUCUCGGCGCAGCCACUUGUCUUCGCCAUCCUGUGCUCGUUCGAAGCCAACCUUUCCAUGAAGUUCGACCAGUGCAUCGCCGGUGUGGCCGUGGCUAUGUUCAAGAAGACGCAGCGUCUGCCGGCAUCGGUUCUCAGCCAAGACAAGCCGGUUGGAUCCGAGGACCAACACCAACUGGCCGAGAAGGUGUCCAAGAAGCCCAAUGCGAUGAUGACGAUCAACAAUGACGUGAUCGGCAAUUUCCAUGGGCUGACAUUCAACGUGUCCUUGACGAUCAAUGCCACGGUGACAGUGGCCGUCCUGCUGGUGCUCAUGGCUUUCAAGCUGCGCCUGGCCACUCUCUUCUGCUUGGCGGUCGCCAUUCCAGCCCUCACCGUGUCGGUGAUCCUCAGCGGAGCGAUGGGGAUCAACAUGAUGCAGUUGCAGGAUGUUCAGGACAAGCGUGUCUAUUUGCUCCGAGAAGUCUUGAAGGGCAUUCGCAUCGUGAAAUGUUAUGCCUGGGAGUCUGCGAUGGAGGAACAGAUCAAGAGGAUUCGUGGCAGAGAGUUGUCCAUGCUGGGAGUCUACUUCAGGCUUUGCAGCCAUUUCGUCGUUCUCUUCAAUCUCUUUCCUAGGGUGCUGACAGCUGCCGGUCUUUGGGGCUUCCUGCACCUGUACGGCAGCAACGACCUGGCCUCGAUCUUCGCUUGCUUGCAGAUCCUGGCUUCUUUGAGGGCGGAGAGCUCGACGCUGUCUGGAGGCAUUCAGCGCCUCAUCACCGUCCGCAUCAGUGCUAUACGUGUGGAGAAUUACCUGAAGCAGGAAGAAGCACCAGUUCUCCCAGGAGUCAGUGUCCCGAAGUGGGUGGACAUCUGGCCCAGGACGAAGAGUGACGGCGGCCCACAGCCCAGCUUCAAGAUCCGCGGUAGCUACCUCUUCUGCCGCGAGAAGCCUUCGGAGGUGGCUUUGCACGACCUCAAUCUGGAGGUGAAGAAGGGCGAAAUGGUCGCGCUCGUCGGCGGCGUCGGAUCUGGGAAAAGCUUGCUUCUGGAAGCCGCUCUCGGAGAGCUUCAUCCUGCCUCGGAAGAGAAGGCUUUCUUGUCUCGGCCGCACGUCUGCGGCUACAGCGCCCAAGUGCCCCACAUCGCGGAGGGCACCGUUCGGGACAAUGUGGUGUUUGGUCAGGAAUUCAACGAGGAGAGGUAUCGACAGGCCGUUGCUGCUGCGGGCCUCGAGAGCGACCUAAAGCUCCUGCCAGGCGGAGACGAAGCUUUCAUUGGUGCACGCGGCAUCAGUUUGUCUGGCGGUCAAAGAGCGCGUCUUUCAUUGGCGAGAUCGGCAUACAAUGCACAAGCUGAGCUGGUGCUUCUCGAUGAUCCUUUCGGCUCUGUCGAUGCUCCGACAGCUUUGGGCAUCUUGGAGGAUCUGCUCUGCGGCCCUCUGCUGAAAGAUCGGGCACGCAUCGUGGCUUUGCAACCUGAAGUCGAGCGCCUCAGAAAGUUUGAUCGCGUCUUCGUCAUGUCCAGAGGCCGCAUCGUCGCCUCCGGCACGCCCAGCGAGGAAGGGGUCCCAGAAGAGUUCAAACAGCUCCUCCGAAGCAGUGCGUUGGAGGAAGGUCGCAUGGGAGUCUUUGCGGAAGAACCACUGGAGGAGGGUGCUUUAGUAGAGCGUUGCUACUCCAUCCCCCUCAAGUCUGUCGACAUUCCUUCAGCCGUAUUGCAGCAACGAUUGUUCGACGUUGGUGAUGGCUGCCUGCACUUUCCUCUUGGGUGGGGAAUGCUUUAUGCAGAUGCAUCGCAAGAUCAAGCCAACGUGGCCUGGAGCUUGGAUGUACUGGAGAGCGAUGGGGCGGCCUUGCAUCACCUCUGCCUGCGAACAUCCUCUGCGGUGGCAGCUGGCACCGAGCUUCGCGUUUGUCGGUCUGCGCCCGUCUUCGAGCACGUCCAAGACGUGGUGAAUUGGUCUCUCUCAGCCUUCGAAACUCAGGGCCUGCAGCUGCCGCAGGCCGAGCCAGGCUCGGACCUGGACGGGGAAGCCUUGCCUUCCAAGCUCUUCGUCGACCGAGUGAAGGUUGAUUUCUCCAGCAUCCACGGCUGCGGCGUCUUUGCUGUCCGCGACCUCGCGCCGGGAGAGCUAGUAGAGUUGGCCCCGACUCUGUUUCUGAGCCGCUGGGACCUGGGCAACUGUCUAGCUGACCACCGCUUCAGCGCGCACGGCGAUCAGGAGCCAACAGUGAGGCCUCUUGGCCUCAAGCUGGCGCUAGGCUUGGGCAGCGUUUUCAACCACAAGGAUGCCCCAAAUGUGGAGUUUCGCCCGGCCAAAGUCGCCGGCUCGCGGGCGCUGCAGCUCAUGAGUUGCUUUGCGGCAUUGCGAGAGAUCAAAGCUGGCGAGGAGCUGUUCAUUUCCUACGGACCAGAUUGGUGGGCAUCGAGGAACCCCCAGCAGAUGAGCCUAGCUGACUGGCGGAAGAAGCGUGGAGAGACGGACCAUGGUCGGCCUUUCUACGAUGAUCCUGGCUUUGAGAAAGCGUCAGGGUUUCCACGUGCAGUCGUGGAGAAGCUGCAUGAAGCCUUCGUGCAUGCGCCCGACGGAGACACCACUGUGCUUCGAGCCUACCAGGGCCUCUGCCAGAAGGUGCAGGCGAAGACGGGCCUUCGGGGCCUCCUGGAUGCGCCUCUGCGUGGCAGCGGCGAGCGGGCAGCCCACGCAGCGGUGCUGAAGCCCCAGAACUUGCGCUGGCUUGUGCUGAACGGUGCAGACGUCAAUGCGCCCACAGCUCCAGCGCUGGAGCUUGCUGAGGACGGCAGCGUCUCCACGGCACUGUGCCCUGCCCAUGUGGCCGCCAUCAACGGUCAGGUCGAGGCUCUUUCCAUCCUGCACUCAGCGGGUGCAGACUUGAACUGCCAGCGCACGGAUGGUGCCACUCCGCUGGACUUUGCUGUCGAUUGCGAGCAGACCGACACCGAGGUCUGGCUCAAAGCCCGUGGGGCGGUCCACGGCGUUAUGGAGCAGUAA